UGGUAAACAAUGUCGUGAAGAGGCAUUCAAUGAUCCGUCCCAUGUUACUGGACUGCCCGCGUUUGUAAAAGACCGAAUGGCUUGAAGCUUCUAGGCCGUGCCUACUGGCUCAUAACUGUUGGUGAUGCAUCUUCCAGAUGCACAACAUCAAUUUCCCCCUUGAGAGUUUGAGACUGGGUUGAGUUCCCGAUCGGCGUCGCGUUCGUGACUGUGGAAGCAUUUGUCACCGCUUCCUCGAUGCUCUGCUCAAGUCGUGCCCUUUAUAUCAUAAUACCACCUCUUCUCGUUGUUCCUGAUCCUUGAGUCGAUUUUUGCUUGUCAGAUCCGCCUUAAAAGUGUUGACAAACAACCUCGAAGCGGUCGACGUCACUCCGCUCGGUGGUGACGACGAGCCAAGAUGCCGCUUCGAAUCACAACAUGGAAUGUCAACGGCAUAAGGAAUCCGUUCGGAUACCAGCCAUGGCGAGAAAACCGCACAUUUCAGGCCAUGUUCGACACGCUAGAGGCAGACAUUGUCGUCAUGCAGGAAACCAAGAUUCAGCGGAAGGAUCUUCGGGACGAUAUGGUCCUGGUACCGGGCUGGGAUGUUUACUUCAGUCUCCCCAAGUACAAGAAAGGAUACUCCGGCGUGGCCAUCUACACACGUUGCGCCAAGUGCUGCCCAAUACGCGCGGAGGAAGGCAUCACCGGUGUUCUCUGCCGCCCAAACUCCUCCACGAAGUUUCGCGAUCUUCCUGUAGACCAGCAAAUCGGUGGAUACCCGAAGCCUGAGCAACUUCCCGGCUCCAUCGACGAACAAACGCUGGACUCUGAAGGCCGCUGCGUGAUCCUGGAGUUCCCUGCGUUCGUGCUUAUUGGAGUCUACAGUCCGGCGACCCGAGAUGAGACGAGGACAGAGUUCCGCCAGGCGUACAUUGAUGCCAUCGACAUCAGGGUCCGCAACCUGGUUGCAAUGGGAAAGCAGGUUUUCCUCUGCGGCGACCUCAACAUCAUUCGCUCCGAGCUCGACACCGCUGGCCUGGCAGAGCGGCUGCGAAAGGAGGCCAUGACGCUUGAUGAAUUCAUGUCGACUCCAUCGCGGCGCUUCGUCAACCACCUCGUGUUCGGAGGCCGUGUCAUCGGAGAAAGAGAUGAAGGGCGAGAGGAACCCGUUCUCUGGGAUCUUUGCCGGGAGUUCCACCCCGCUCGUCCAGGCAUGUACACCUGCUGGGAAACCAAGAAGAACGCGCGACCAGGCAACUUUGGGAGUCGUAUAGAUUACGUGCUGUGCAGCUCGGGAAUCAAAGACUGGUUCAUCGAUGCCAAUAUCCAAGACGGGCUCCUGGGAUCUGAUCACUGUCCCGUAUACGCUACGAUUGGUGACGUCGUCGGCCAUAAUGGCGUCAAGGUCAAUAUUGAGGAUAUUAUGAACCCAGCCGGCAUGUUCAAGGAGGGCAAGCGCCAGCGAGAGUGGUCUCCCAAAGAUCUCCUCCCCACAUCAGCGAAGCUCAUUCCCGAGUUUGACCGCCGACAGAGCAUUCGGGAUAUGUUCUUCAAGAAAGGCAGCCCAUCCACGAAGACCGAGUCCACGCCAGCCCAGACAAACAACCAGAACGGCCCUAAGAGCGUGGAUGCUGUGCCUGAAGAAUCGAAGAAGAAUGAACUUCAGACGGAUCCCAGAGUCCCCGUAUCGCAGUCAAGCCGAACGGUGGCCCCGGCAGCAGCUAACAACAACACGACACCAACUAGCACAAUCGCAUCCCCGCAGAAGCCCGUUCCGACGAAGCGGCAAGCGGAACCCUCAGAGCCUUCAGGCGGAUCCCAGAAAAAGACGAAAGUUGCUCUGACUAGGGAGAACUCGACAAGGUCGGCGUCAGGUUUCUCACAGAGCAGCCUAAAGGGCUUCUUCAAGCCGAAGACGCCAACAACGGACGCCAAUCCCGUCGUCGAGGCAGAAAGCACGGACGGUCCCAGUCCCGUGUCAAAGCCCGACAUUCCAUCCACGACAAAGCAAAUCCCUCGGCCCAGCCAACAAAGAAGCGGGGCCGCUUCAGAGAACGACGCGCAGAAUAUCCCUGGUGAUAUUUCAAAGUCCGAGGGCUCCUCCAUAGAGAAGGUGUUCGACCCCAUCGUGGCGAAGGAGUCCUGGUCGAAGCUGCUUGGCAAGAGAGUCGUCCCCAAGUGUGAACACGGAGAGGACUGUCAGAUGCUGGUUACCAAGAAGCCCGGCAUCAACUGUGGUAGAUCCUUCUUUAUGUGUGCUCGUCCGCUGGGUCCCUCAGGAGACAAAGAGCAAGGGACAGAGUUUCGUUGCCGCACCUUCAUCUGGAGCAGCGACUGGAACGGUCGGCAAUGAGCAUAGCGGGCGUGGAAAGGUUGCUGCCCCCAAGUCACAUCGGUGCCUGUGGCUCAUGCAUGUCUGCAUUCCGUCGGCGAGUCUGGGCGAGGUGGGUCGUAGCAUCAACAGCAGCAUGACGACAGGAGGAGGAGUCGACCACCCGGGGCCCUUUGCUGGCGUCACAACGCGCUCGAUCCUUUCAAUGCCACCCAGGCAUGCCGACCUUGCUCUUCCGAAGGGGUCUUCGUUAGCAACGAAAUCAACAGGCAUUCUUGCUUAGGCAGUGUGCUCCUCCG